CGAGUUCCCGUGAGUUAGGGAUCUUUACUUGAAUGAACCAGACAUGACCGCAGAGUCACACACACCCACACACACACAAGUUUUGUCGUCCCCUCGUAUGGAAUCCAUUGUGGGGCGACACAAACAUAAUAUCUUGUUUUGCUUCUGCUCUUCUUGAUCUUCUGUCAAGAUUCGUUUUAGCUCCCAAAAUAUAUUUAAAAAGAAAAUAUUAUAAUCAUUUGGACGUGGGAUUGAUCUAAAGUGUUCUUAGAUCUUUGAUAUUCAGAAGGUACAUAAAAGAAAGAAGAUCGAAAGAUGGGAGGAAUGAAAGAUGAGGCAAAUAGGAUAACAAUUCCUCCAUUGUUUCCAAGAGCUCAUGUCAAUGAUACUGGAAGAGGAGGCUUGCCUCAGCCAUUUGCUGGCAAAUCAAAACGUUACCCUCUUCCUUCUCCGACCAACAAGAUCUGUGAUUCUCCUUCCACACUCUCUCUGUCUCUUGCUCCCCAAGCCAACAACACCCGUCUCCAUGGUCGACCUGAAAAGAGUCAGUUUACAAAAAUCUGCAACACUUCUCCAGCAUCAAAGUUUGAGGGGAAGGUGAAUCAUCCAAGUGCCAGAGGAUCAUCAGUUACUAAUACUAAGUCUAGUUCAAUAAUACAAAAUGAGUACCAUUUCAAGAACCUUACCAACUUGGAUUCUCUUAAGGUUCCUCUAGUUAGACGCUCGGAAACAAAUCCACAAGCAAACACAGAUUUAUCACUCCAGUUUUGUAAUAGUAGUAGCAGCAUAGAUGGAGGAGGUGGAGAAGCUGCUGGUUCCAAGGUUGCCCUGAACAAUCUUCACAUUCGAGAAUUACUUUUGCAAGAUGAAAGCAAGAGAGGGUCUCUUAACAUGAUGAAAACUCAGUUGUAUAGGAGAAGAGCCCUUGAUGUAUUUAACAUUGAAACUCAAAAGAAGCUCAAAACUGUGCCUCCACGUGAACAAGAUGUCUCAGACUCUUCUGCAAUAGACUCUUUGUCUGGUAUGGGUGCUUCAUCUAAUGAUGUUGCUAGAGUGAUAGGUGACAAGAUGUUUUGGAAGAUGAGAACUUAUAUGAUCAACCAGCAGAAGAUCUUUGCAGCACAAGUCUUUGAGCUUCAUAGGCUGAUAAUGGUUCAAAACAUGGUUGCAAAAUCACCAAACCUGGUUCUUGAAAGUAAGCUUAAUGGCCUAAGAAGUGGUACAAUGGUUGCUUCAAAGGUUAAGAAACCAAACACAGAGAAUCACAAACCUGUAACCGAAGAAUAUCCAGAACAUAUGAAACCAAAGCUUCCUCUGCCUUCCAUAACCAAAGAGCUUAUGAAACCGAUUUGGCAACAACAGCUACUUCCUCCUCCUGGAAACCAAUGGUUAGUUCCGGUAAUGUCUUCUUCAGAAGGUCUGGUCUAUAAACCAUACGCAGGACCAUGUCCUCCUCCUCCCUCAGCCUUCAUGGUUCCAAUCUAUGGACAAGAUUCGCUCGACACAUCAGCAUUCAAGUUCCCUGUUUCUACUCAGUUUAGCCACAACUACUUCCCGCAGCCUAACGCUAGGACAGCAGUACUUGACCAGACAAACCCGUUUGGUCAGCUUCAAAGAUGGUCUAGCACAUCGAGCCACAUGACUCAAGCCAUUCCAUUUUCUUUAAAGAAGUCUCAGGAAUCUAAUGACAGUGAUGUACAUGGAAGUACAGCUUCAAGUCCACCAGAGAAGCCUAAAUUCGAUGUACUUCCUCUAUUUCCUACAGAGCCUACUCAUCACAAUGAUGAGCAUGAGCAGAAACAGCAACCUCUGCACCGUGCCAUUAAAGCCAUUCCUCAUAAUUCAACAUCAGCCUCUGAAUCUGCUGCAAGAAUUUUCCGUUCCAUUCAAGAAGAAAGGAGGGACUCAGAUCAUAUGAAUAGUUAGUUUUUCUUUACUUUCAACAUUCCACAUUCUUUUUGCUCUAUAAUUGCUUCUUAAAAUCUAGUUAAGUUUUCCAGUGUAUUCUAUUUAAUCUUCAUGUGAAGAUGUAACAUAAAACAUACACACACACACACACACACACACAUAUACAUUGAUAUUGUAUUUGACAAACAGCUAAUA